GUUAAAGCUAACUAGCUUAACAUGCUAACCAGCGUAGUAUUUGCUUUACAAGCUAAUUUAUCAGCUAAUGGUCAGUCCUUUGAAAGUUAUCAAGUUUUAAUAUUGUGUUUAUCAGUGAUUGGUGCUUUCAUACAACAUACUGAAUGAUAAAUAUGAUUUUCAACAUAUGACAUGUCUCAUUUUUAAACCAUUACAUCGGACAGAAACGCUGCUAGCGUCAAAAGCUAAAUAGCUUUAUUGUUAGCUUUUUGGUCAUACUGUGAAACAGCCAUGAGGUCAACGAGCCGACUGCUACUCGGAGUGCAGUGGGACAACUUUUUCCACUUUAUCGUCUUUGUGCUCCUGUUUUUCCACCCCUCACACUCGUGUGCUGCCGACCCACCGGAGCACGGAACUAGCACCGACACGCUAAUAUUAUGUAGGGCAUGUGGACACGAAGUGGCGUUCGGCACGGACAUCCACUUCGUCCCCAGCCGCAUGGCACUAUCCAGCCGCAACGACACGUCAGUGGGUGGUCGAAGGAUCCACAUCCAGCUCUUCGAGAACCCCCAGGGACUCCAGUUCGAGGUGAUAGUGUUUAAAAAAGCGGACGUUAUUAAGCACUGGCCUGCCAACAGCCACUUCUCCUGGUACCCCGGGUUUUCAUGGACCGUAGCUACCUGCCCCAGGUGUAAAACUCAUUUAGGUUGGGGCUUCCAGCCAAACAGUUGGCCUGAGACCGUCACAAACAACAGGUUUCAAGAGUCUGAAAACACCUUUUUGGCUUUAAUCGCCCACAGAAUAUUGAGAGAAGACUUUGCAUCAAGUCUGCUAAUGACUCCAAAAUCCUUUACAAGCUGAUGAACUUGACUCGAGGUUUUUCCAUUUUUGGUGCUUUCAAGUAUAUUUUCAAAAAUAAAAUUGCACCCCUAUUGUUCCUUUAAGACUCCCACACGUGCAUACACAGUUUAGUUUUAUUAUUGUAACAAAGCAAGCUUUACACCUUUAAUUUGAAACAAUUCGAGUGUAAAUACUUCUGUCGAAACCAAUGAAGCAGCAGAAGGGGCCAAAAUUUACAAGUUUUUUUUUUUUUUUUUCAGUUUUAUUCUUUAUUAAAAAUGUCAUUUCAAAUCUUGUGGAUAUCUGUAAAACAAUACAAUGAAAAACAAAAGUCCCAUAGAAAUGGUGUCAAAAUAACCACUCUCCCCAAUAACCAAUACACUCCUGCCCCUCCCCAGCUUACCCCCACCCCCCAACCCCAAA